AUGGAGGCUCUGCGAUCUACUCUGGAGGCCACAAUUGACUUUGAGGGCCAGAAACUGUCCAACUUGGCCAAGACCCGAUUGCUGGUUCUGGGCGCCAUUCUGUCAACUAUUACUGGCUUUGCGCUGGGUGACGUGAUGAUCAUCUGGUUCAUGUUUGCCUUUGUGGCCGGCAUCACCAUGCUGCUGGUGGUCCCUCCCUGGCCCUUCUUCACCCAACACCCCGUCCAGUGGCAGACCCCUGCCUACUAG